GGCGGCGCGGGGCGCGGGGGGAUGCUGAGCCCCGCCGCCCGGCACCGCGCCCGCCGCCGGGAGAUGCUCCUCGUGCUCGCCCUGUGGCUGGCGUGGCAAGAAGCGCCCGCGGCGCCGACCCCCGCGGCGGAGGACAUCACCCGGGGAGUUGACUGGCUGACAAAGUUCGGGUACCUGCCUCCUCCAGACCCCGUCACGGGGAAGCUGCAGACGCAGGAGAUGCUCACCAAGGCCAUCACUGCCAUGCAGAGGUUCGGGGGGCUCAAGGCAACGGGAGUCCUAGAUGAAGCCACACUGGAGCUGAUGAAGACCCCUCGCUGCUCUCUGCCUGACCUCGCCACUGCGGAGACCAGGAGGAAGCGAUUCACGCAGGCUGUCACCAAGUGGGGCAAAAGGAACCUGUCCUGGAGAGUUCGCACCUUCCCGAAGGAAUCCCACCUGGGCCACGACACGGUCCGGGCCCUGAUGUACUACGCCCUGAAGGUCUGGAGCGACAUCACCCCGCUGAAUUUCCACGAGGUGGCAGGAAACAAUGCUGACAUCCAGAUAGACUUCUCCAAGGCAGAUCACAACGACGGCUAUCCCUUUGAUGGGCCUGGGGGGACGGUGGCACACGCUUUCUUCCCCGGAGACCACCACACAGCGGGAGACACUCACUUUGACGACGACGAAUAUUGGACCUUCCGAUCCUCAGAUGCCCAUGGGAUGGACCUGUUUGCUGUAGCUGUCCAUGAGUUUGGCCAUGCCAUUGGCUUGACCCACAUCUCUGCCAUAGAAUCUAUCAUGAGACCCUACUACCAAGGCCCAGUGGGGGACCCUCUGAAGUAUGACCUGCCUUACGAGGACAAAGUCAGAAUCUGGCAGCUCUAUGGAGUCAGGGAAUCCGUGUCCCCCACUGCCAAGCCUGAAGUGAGCAAAACAGACGACCAUCCCGUCCUGCCAGAGCUGCCAGAGAACCGCUCCACUGUCCCGCUCCGGCGGGACGUGCCCAACAGGUGCAACACGCACUUCGACGCCGUGGCCCAGAUCCGGGGGGAGGCUUUCUUCUUCAAAGGCAAGUACUUCUGGAGACUGACUCGCAAUAAGCACUUGGUCUCCCUCCAGCCGGCUCAGAUCCACCGUUUCUGGCGGGGUUUGCCGCUCAACCUGGACAGCCUGGACGCGGUCUACGAGAGAACCAGCGACCACAAGAUCGUCUUCUUCAAAGGAGACAGAUACUGGGUCUUCAAGGACAACAACGUGGAGGAGGGAUACCCACGGCCCAUUUCAGACUUCGGCCUGCCACCGGGAGGAAUCGACGCCGCGUUCUCCUGGGCCCACAAUGACAAGACUUAUUUCUUUAAGGACAAUCUCUACUGGCGCUACGACGACCACGAGCGGAGGAUGGACCCCGGCUACCCCUCAGAGACCACCCUGUGGAAGGGAAUACCAAGCCCUUUGGAUGAUGCCAUGAGGUGGUCAGACGGUGCAAGUUACUUCUUCAGGGGCAAGGAGUACUGGAAGGUGCUGGACAGCGAGCUGGAGGCCCAGCCUGGUUACCCCCAGUCCAUUGCCAGGGACUGGCUGGUGUGCAGUGACAUGCAGGCCGACUCCCCCGAGGCAGCCGGGAGCGGCAGGACCGGGGCUCGCUCCAGGCCGGGGCAGCACGACCAGAGCCGCUCCGAGAACGGCUACGAGGUCUGCUCCUGCACCUCGGGCACGCCACCCCUGAGGGCCCUGCCCCUGCUCAGACUGACUGCCAGCCUGGGGCUGGCAGCUGUGUGGACAGCAGCCCUAUGACAGCUCACCCCACCGGCGGGACAACUCCAUGGUGCUGCAGGAUACAAUUCCAUGAUGCUCACUGUUGCAAGCAGAA